CGAUUUUGAUCUCUUUGUAGCCUUCAUCUGAUACCUUUCCACCACGAAGAGAGAUAGAGUGAACGGACCAUGCUGAUGACCAGAAGAUUUCAGAGGCUUGUGACGUUUACUGCGCUCGUCAUUGUGGUCUACAUUGUGUUUGUAUCGCCAACGGGGAGUGGACUGAGCACGCUAAGCUUCACUGAGCCUUCGGUAACAAGGGGCAUAAGUCCUAAGCACAAGGGAUAUGACUGGGUGCUUGAGCUGAUUUUGCAGGCGAAGCCGGAGGUCAAGCCUUUGACGAAGUACGUCAACGAUGAAAAGGCCAAGCAGAAGUUUGUCACCGACCAAGAUAUGGUGUUCUCUGAGGAAUACCUCGAUAAUCUCUUGAUGGUUCCUAAACAGGCUCAAGACACAUUGAAAAAGGAGCACCAACACUACGUCAACUCGGUACUGAAAGAUCAGCAUAAAAGCUUCCACAACGAGUUGGAUCACCCAUCAGGGGCGGGAAUAAUCUUUGUAGGUGGUGGUAAAUUCUCGUGGCUGGCAUACUUGGGCAUAGAACAGUUGAGACAACUUGGAUGUGAGCUACCAGUUGAGGUCUUCAUUGGAAGUGAAGAGGACUAUGAGGUUGACUUUUGUGAGAACAUCCUACCGGAACUCAAUGCUCGUUGUAGCUAUCUUAACUACGAAACUGGGAACAUUGUUGAAAAGUUGGGAGUCAAAAUUAACGGGUAUCAAUAUAAGAACCUCGCUUUCCUCAUCUCGAAGUUUGAACAGAUAUUGUUUUUGGAUGCAGACAAUGCUCCAUUAAAGGAUCCAACCCCAUUGUUCCACUCUGAGGUGAUGGAGAAAUAUGGGAUGGUUUUAUGGCCAGAUGCCUGGACCAGAACCACGUCUCCAAAGUACUACGAUAUUGCUGGCUUAAAAGUGAGCGAUGAAGUUGUCAGAGGGAGGUUCAAAGACUCUAAGGAAAAGCUUGACAUCAAGAAAGACGUGACGUAUCACGAUAGAGAAGGUACAUUGCCGAACCCUUCCAGUGAAUCUGGAACCAUUCUCGUUGAUAAGACCAAACACGUGAAGACGUUAUUGCUUUCUCUGUACUACAACAUUUUCGGUCCUGAUCUAUACUAUGCCCUUUUAACACAAGGUGCUGCUGGUGAAGGUGACAAGGAAACGUUCAUCGCUGCAUCUACUGUGGUGGGUACACCUCAUUAUCAAGUAUUGCAAAAGGUGAGGUUUAUUGGAGCCCAUUACAACGGUAACUUCCAAAGCAAAGCCCUUGGUCAAGCGGAUCCAAUCCAGGACUACAGAAACUACGUCAUGGGAAACCAUUACGAUGAACUUGAUGAACUGGUCAAAGUUGAAGGCACUGAAGAUGCUAGCGUUGAGUUUAUGCAUAUGAGCUAUCCAAAGCUCAUCCCAUUUGCGCUUUUAAACAACCGUGAGCUAGUCAACGAAGACGGGGGACAUAUUAGAAUGUACGGCUCUAUAACCAACGACGCAGGCUACGACUUUGAACUGAGGAUGUUUGAACUCAUUCUCGGUGCACUGUGCGAAGGAUAUGACGGCCCGUCGUCGGUGAGUCGUAGACUUUUAGGAUUGAGGUUAGUCGAGUACAAGGGACGUGGUACUGAGGACAGUUCGGGACAAGAUAUGAGCCAGUACUGUCCACAACUGAUCGAGCAUACCGAAUGGUUAAGAAAGAACCCUGAAGGUUCUACAUAGACGUGUCUCUCAAAGUGUGCAUAUUGACAACCUUUGCAUAGUUAUAUACGAUCUUUAUUCCAAUCUUUCCAACAAAAGAUGGGAAUAAAGCAGUCGAUCAGUACAUCCAAGCAGACUGUAUCGUAAGUAUAUACUCACCCUUUCUUUCAAUCAAGUGAAGCAAGUUUUCUGGGACAAAUGGUCCCUCCCAGAGAGAGGCCUGUAGGUUGCGUAAUUUCUGCC